AUGGAUUUGGAUUUAAGAACAUAUUUACAGCAAAAUCAUCAUAAUCUUGAUUGGAAAGAAAAAAUUAAGAUUAUUUACGAUAUAAUAAAUGCUCUUGAUAGCAUUCAUCGAGAAAACCAAAUUCAUAGGGAUUUGCAUUCUGGAAAUAUACUAUAUUCCAAACAUUUAGAUUUGUGGUUUAUAAGUGAUUUUGGAUUCUGUGGUCCGAUUAAUAAACCACUCGAGUCCAUUUAUGGUAACCUCCCAUAUAUGGCUCCUGAAGUAAUUAGUGAAAAAAAACAUCAAUAUGCAUCGGAUAUUUAUAGUAUCGCAAUGCUUAUGUGGGAAAUUUCGUUUGGAAAACCGCCAUUUUAUAAUCAUGAACACAAUUAUGAUCUUACAAUGAAAAUAAUGAAUGGAAUGAGACCUAAAAUUAUGUCUUAUGUUCCUUUGGAAUAUCAAAACUUGAUGGAACAAUGCUGGCAUUUUGAUCCGACUAAAAGACCAAAGAUUCAUGAUCUUUUAAACAAGAUCAGAGAGAUUGGUGAAACUUAUUAUCUCGAUGAGAAUAAGAAUCAGUCAACUAUUCAUCAAGAAUCAUGUAAUCAUUUGCAAGUAAACAGCCUUUUAAACAUAAGUACUAGAAGUGACAUUAGUUAUUUUUUUCGAUUUGGAAAUUCAACAAGAGGUAAAACUGGAGUUAAAAUUCCAACAAUUGGUUUAGGAUGUAUGGGAAUGUGCCAAUGUUAUGGACAAUCAGACGAGAAAACAAAUAUCAAUAUAUUGAACAAAUCAAUUGAAUUAGGAUGUAUUUUUUGGGAUACUGCGGAUACAUAUGAAGAAAAUGAGUUCCUUUUAUCAAAAGUUCUUAAAGAACGUCGUAAUAAAGUAUUUCUUUGUACAAAAUUCGGAAUCGUUGGAACUUCAGAAGGAGUAAUUGUAGGUAUAAAAGGUGAUCGUGAAUAUGUUCGUCAAGCUUGUGAAAAAUCCUUGAAAAGGCUUGGGGUUGAAUAUAUUGAUCUUUUUUAUCAACAUCGUUUGGAUCAUAAUACUCCUAUUGAGGAAACCGUUACCGCCAUGGCGGAGCUUGUGAAAGAAGGCAAAGUGAAAUAUAUUGGACUCUCAGAAUGUUCUGAAACCAUACUUCGACGAGCUCAUAAAGUUCAUCCAAUAGCAGCUUUACAGAUGGAAUAUAGUCCAUGGACACUUGAUAUUGAAAAAAAUGGAAUCUUGGAAGCAUGUCGGGAAUUGGGUAUUACUGUAGUCGCUUAUAGCCCACUUGGUCGCGGAUUCUUGACCGGAAAAUUUAAAUCAAUUGAUGACCUUGAGCAAAAUGAUGUUAGAAGAACGAGUCCACGUUUCAUGGGUGAUAAUUUUCAAAAAAAUUUGGAAAUUGUUAAAAAAAUUCAGGAAUUCGCUAGCAAGAAAGGUGUUACCGCGAGUCAACUUUGCUUGGCUUGGGUAUUGGCCCAAGGAGAUAAUAUUAUUGCUAUUCCUGGUACGAAGAAAAUUAAUCAUUUAGAAGAAAAUAUUAACGCAGCCAAUGUACAACUUUCUUCCGAGGAAUUAUCAGAAAUUCGUCAAAUUAUUAACUCUAUUAAAAUUUCCGGUAAUAGAUGCAGUGAAGCAGUAGCAUCUGAUAAAUUUGAUAGAAUUGAAAAGAAGCAGUUAUCAGUUUUUUCAAAUAAAAAUCACGGGGAUCAAGAGCAAAUACAAAAUGCACUUUUAUACGUUCAGUGUCAAUUUUUUCAAGAAAAAUCACUGUUCGGCAUAUAG